GGUGUGACGAUUUGCUGAAGGUUGACAAAGUGUGGCAGACAGAGUCUUCAGACUCCGUAGGCUUGGCAGCUCGGACACUGCUUGUAGCUUUGUGGAGUGGAGAACCCGAGUUCAGCCCUGCAGUCCCCUGUGCUGGCGAUGCCAUGGCUGUGUGGCACCGGUGUGUGAGGACAGGCACCUACCAAUCCGGCACCACCGUGUUUCCUUCCCCAAGUUCAUGUUUAGUGACCUCAUACCAGCUGCUUGAAAUUGAUCAAGCUUGUGUCUGGCCUGGAGGUGGUGGGACGAGUCCAGAUGCGGACCCGGAGGACAUUAAGGGGACACCUGGCCAAGAUCUAUGCCAUGCACUGGGCCACCGACUCUAAGCUGCUGGUAAGUGCCUCGCAGGAUGGGAAGCUGAUCGUGUGGGACACUUACACCACCAAUAAGGUGCAUGCUAUCCCACUGCGGUCCUCCUGGGUCAUGACCUGUGCCUAUGCACCAUCAGGGAACUUUGUGGCAUGUGGGGGGCUGGACAACAUGUGCUCAAUCUACAGCCUCAAAUCCCGUGAGGGCAAUGUCAAGGUCAGCCGGGAACUCUCUGCUCACACAGGUUAUCUCUCCUGUUGCCGCUUCCUGGAUGACAACAACAUUGUGACUAGCUCUGGGGACACCACGUGUGCCUUGUGGGACAUUGAGACAGGGCAGCAGAAGACAGUGUUUGUGGGACACACUGGUGACUGCAUGAGCCUGGCUGUGUCCCCAGACUACAAACUCUUCAUUUCGGGAGCUUGUGAUGCUAGCGCCAAGCUCUGGGAUGUGAGGGAAGGGACCUGUCGUCAGACUUUCACUGGCCAUGAAUCAGACAUCAAUGCCAUCUGUUUCUUUCCCAAUGGGGAGGCCAUCUGCACUGGCUCAGAUGACGCCUCCUGCCGCCUCUUUGACCUGAGGGCCGACCAGGAACUGACGGCCUACUCCCACGAGAGCAUCAUCUGCGGCAUCACUUCUGUAGCCUUCUCGCUCAGUGGUCGCCUGCUCUUCGCAGGCUAUGAUGACUUCAACUGCAAUGUCUGGGACUCUCUGAAGUGCGAGCGUGUAGGCAUACUCUCUGGCCAUGACAACAGAGUCAGCUGCUUGGGGGUCACAGCUGACGGGAUGGCUGUGGCCACUGGUUCCUGGGACAGCUUCCUCAAAAUCUGGAACUGAGGAGGCUAGAAGAAGAGGUGGGAAGCCGUGAAGGUUCUCAGCAGGCUCUACCUAUGCCCCAUAUCCUUAGGGUCAGUCUUCUAUACCCCAGGGGCCAUUCCCAGUAAAACUCCUUUUAAGAGCAGUGGGAUUAUGGGGCUGUAGAACUGCCCCACUUCCUCUGAUGGCCUCUCCCUCAGUAAACAAGAACAGACCUUCUCCACCCCAGAGUCCGCCUGGGCUCCAGUAGCCUUUGUCCAGACGGGAAUGGCCAGAGUGCUUAGCCCAUGACUGUGGAUGUCGCUCCUAGGCUCCUGGCUCCCUUCCUCCCUUUCUCCUUUUCUGCCCUUGCAUUCUCUCUUAGCACCUAAUAAAAUGUAGCACCCUGGUA